AUGAAGGUCCUCAUCCUCGCCUGCCUACUGGCUCUUGCUUUUGCAAAGGAGGGUGUGGAAAGCUCUAGAAGCAGUGAGGAACUCAUUACACCUAUUGAGGAUAACCUUGAGACCUCUAAAUAUGAGCAAGAGCAACAAAGAGAGGAUGUACACAAAAAAAUCCACCCCAUCCAGCCACAGCCUCUACUCUAUCCUUACUUGCAGUCCACCCCUUCCUCUGCCUUUCCACAAAGCAUCUUGCCUCUCUCUCCUGUGGCGGUGCCAUCUUUCUCUCUGCCUAAAAUGAUGGAAGCCCCCAAACUUAAAGUCCUUCACAAGGACAGACCCAUGCCCUUUCUUAAACCUUUGAGAGUGCCCCUUCUGGACCCUCAUGUCCUGAAUCUCGUUCAACUCAAAAAUCAGUUGCCUCAUUUCCAGCCCCCAAUGUACCAGGUCCCUCAGCCUUUUUCUCAGUUUCCCAUCCUUCCUCCUCUGUCCUCCCUGCAUCAUCCCCAACCCAACGUCGUGUUUUUUCCCUGGGAAGCUGUGUCCUACCCUGUGGCCAGCCCCCAGAGAGCAAUGUCUGUCCCAGCCCUUCCACAGUACCAAGAACUUCUGUUUAACCCCAUCCACCAGUUCCCUCUGACUCAAGGAUUCCCACCAGUCUACAAUGCUGUUGUUGUAAGUCCAAAUUUAUUUACUUUGGUGUUUUAG